AGCGUGCGUUUCCCCUUCUAGCCGGGCUCCGAAUCUUCCUGCCGGCCUUCGGAGGAACCUUGGUGCAGGAACACCCAGAUAGAGGAGGCGUCACCCUAGGAAGACUGAAGGCAUCUCGUGCCCAUAAAGGGCCCCGAGUUGGACUUCGCGGACAGAGGACCCAUGGGUGUCUCUUUAGGUCUCGGCACGCAGCAGAUCCCCGACGUGAGGCAGGCCGGAGGGCGCAGCCUCUUUGGACAGCAGCACGUGCCCAUCUGGGAUCUGGCCACUGUCCUGCCCUCUUCUCGCUGAUGCCAUGUAGCCCCAGGGGGUCACGUGCGGGCUCCAGCCCUGCGCUGCGCCCGGGCGGCCGGGACGUCAGGACCGGCCUCGGGGACUCCGCUGGCUUCCCCGCCGCUCAGACCAGAAGCCCAGGGCCUUCCCCGAGUCAGAGCAGGACCAGGAUCGGCAAGAGGUCUCCAGAGAGCGUGCCUCCACGCCACGGCAGGUCCACACGAGGCCAGGGCGCCGUCGGGGACCCGAGGCCCCCGUUUGAAACCUUCACCACCGCCCCCGGGGUUUUCUCGGCGAGCACUUUGAUUUGGUCCUUGAAUGCCUACUGGACAGACGCUUGAAACUUGCAAGUUAUCUGGAUACCAUAGCAGAACCACAAAGCCUUUCCUUUGUAUGGGGAAGAAAUAGCCUAUGUGCUGUGGAGAUGAACGGGGAGCAGCAGCCUGAUGCAGAUACUGGAUCUGGCAUGGAAGAAGUGGAAUUAAGCUGGGAAGAUUAUCUAGAAGAGACAGGGUCCACAGCAGUUCCCUAUGGGUCUUUCAAACAUGUGGACAUACGUUUACAAAAUGGAUUUGCUCCUGGGAUGAAACUGGAGGUAGCUGUGAAGACAGAUCCUGAAACCUACUGGGUUGCCACAAUCAUCACCGCCUGUGAACAGUUGCUUCUCCUUCGUUAUGAUGGCUAUGGAGAGGACCGGAGAGCAGACUUCUGGUGUGACAUCAGGAAGGCGGGUCUCUACCCCCUUGGGUGGUGUGAGCAGAAUAAAAAGACCCUUGAAGCCCCAGAAGGCAUCAGAGACAAAGUGUCUGAUUGGGAUGCCUUUCUGCAGCAGACCCUGCUGGGAGCAUGCAGUCCUCCAGUUCCACUGCUAGAGGGCCUCCGUAAUGGAAGAAAUCCUUUAGAUCUCAUUGCUCCGGGAUCCAGGCUAGAAUGCCAAGCUUUUCAGGACUCUUUAAGCACUUGGAUCGUUACCGUAGUAGAAAACAUCGGUGGACGACUGAAGCUGCGCUAUGAAGGACUUGAGGGUCAUGACAAUUUGGAGCAAUGGUUGUAUUACUUGGAUCCUUUUCUUCAUCAUAUUGGUUGGGCUGCUCAACAGGGAUAUGAGCUUCAGCCCCCAUUAGCCAUCAGACAUCUGAAAAAUGAAGCUGCGUGGCAAGAGAUUUUGACCAAAGUGAAAGAAGAGGAAGAAGAGCCAUUGCCAUCAUACUUAUUUAAGGACAAGCAAGUUAUUGGCCUUCAUACAUUUUCUGUAAAUAUGAAAUUGGAAGCUGUGGACCCCUGGUCUCCUUUUGGGAUCUCUCCUGCUACAGUUGUUAAGGUUUUUGAUGAGAAGUACUUUCUGGUGGAAAUGGAUGAUUUACGGCCAGAGGAUCAUGAACGACGAUCAUUUGUGUGCCAUGCCAAUAGUCCUGGCAUCUUCCCUGUGCAGUGGAGUCUGAAGAAUGGUCUACAUAUCAUCCCACCUCCAGGCUAUCCUAGCCAGGACUUUGACUGGGCUGACUACCUCAAACAGUGUGGUGCUGAAGCUGCUCCCCAGAGGUGCUUCCCUCCGUCAAUUUCUGAGCAUGACUUUAAGGAGAACAUGAAGCUUGAGGCAGUCAAUCCUCUUCUUCCUGAAGAAGUGUGCAUUGCCACCAUCACUGCAGUAAGAGGCUCCUACCUAUGGCUCCAGUUGGAGGGUUCUAAAAAGCCUAUACCUGAAUGUAUUGUGAGUGUGGACUCCAUGGAUAUAUUUCCUCUGGGCUGGUGUGAAACCAAUGGCCAUCCCUUCAGUACUCCUCGAAGGGCACGAGUACAUAAACAAAGGAAAAUUGCAGUGGUUCAACCAGAAAAACAAGUCCUGUCCUCAAGGACUGUCCAUGAGGGCCUGAAGAGUCAGGAGCUGAACUCCACAGAUUCAGUUAUGAUCAAUGGAAAAUAUUGCUGUCCAAAGAUAUACUUCAAUCACCGUUGCUUCUCAGGGCCAUAUCUUAACAAAGGAAGAAUUGCUGAACUGCCUCAAUGUGUAGGACCUGGAAACUGUGUUCUGGUUCUUAGAGAGGUCCUCACGUUACUUAUCAAUGCGGCCUAUAAACCCAGUCGUGUUCUCCGGGAGCUUCAGCUAGACAAAGAUUCUGUGUGGCAUGGAUGUGGGGAAGUCUUAAAAGCCAAAUAUAAAGGGAAGAGUUAUCGAGCUACUGUUGAGAUAGUCAAAACAGCAGACCGGGUGUCUGAAUUCUGCCGGCAAACCUGUAUCAAACUGGAAUGCUGUCCUAAUCUCUUUGGUCCACGGAUGGUUCUGGAUACAUGUUCUGAGAAUUGCUCUGUACUUACAAAGACCAAAUAUACACACUAUUAUGGAAGGAAGAAAAAUAAAAGAAUUGGGAGGCCACCUGGUGGGCAUAGUAACUUAGCUUGUGCCCUGAAAAAAGCCAGUAAGAAGAGAAAGAGGCGGAAAAAUGUUUUUGUUCAUAAGAAGAAACGCUGCUCUGCAUCUGUUGAUAAUACCCCAGUGGGCUCACCCCAGGGAAGUGGGGGUGAAGAUGAAGAUGAUGCAGAUGAGGGGGAUGAAGAUUCUUUAAGUGAGGGAAGUACAUCUGAGCAGCAGGAUGAACUACAGGAAGAGUCAGAAAUGUCAGAAAAAAAGUCGUGCUCCUCUUCUCCCACCCAAAGUGAGAUGUCUGCUUCACUGCCCUCGGACAGACAAAUGAGAAAAAGAGAGCUUCCCGCUUUUUCAUUUUCUGAUGAUGAAAAUAGACCUCCUUCACCAAAGGAAAUAAGGAUUGAAGUUGCUGAAAAGCUUCACCUGGACAGUAACCCCUUGAAGUGGAGUGUGGCAGACGUUGUGCGGUUCAUCAGAUCCACUGACUGUGCUCCACUGGCAAGAAUAUUCCUAGACCAGGAAAUUGAUGGGCAGGCCUUGUUGCUCCUCACUCUUCCCACUGUUCAAGAAUGCAUGGACUUAAAAUUGGGUCCUGCUAUUAAGCUUUGCCAUCACAUAGAGAGGAUCAAGUUUGCAUUUUAUGAACAGUUUGCCAACUGAAUGGGACAACCAAAACAAGUUGGAUCUUUGAAGCACAAAUGCGGCCAAUCCUUCACCCUGCUCUAGAAGUGAAGCUGAAAUAGUUCUGAGGCUCUGGGCUCUGCAGCUGUCAGCUUGCUCUCUUUGCACUUUCAGGGAAGGAAGACCCACACUGAGAAAGCAAAAAUGGCACAAGUGACUCUUCUGCCAGUGAAAAUGUGGAUAAUGCAUGUUCAGCAGGUUGCAGCUUUAAAAAAAAAAAACAGACAAAACAACAACAACAACAACGUUUUGAGAAAAUUCCUAACAAGAAUAAGCAUUUCUAGUGGCGUGGCCUGAAAACAAGAUGAUGUUGGCACUGGACAGCACCAUUUUGGUUGUUUUCUUUCUGUUCUUCCCAACUAUAGAUUGAACUUUGUUCUCUACUUUCUCUUUCUUGAAAAGAGAGGACAUAGCUUUAAGUCAGCACUGAUUUGGGACUCUACCUAAAGCACCUCAGUGCUUUACCAUCAUUGUGUUUUUAAGCUUUUCUAAAUUAAAACAGUUAAUUUUGGGGAUAAUUAUGUGGCUCUAGGGUUUUGAAUGUAAAGUCACACUUGGAUCCAUUUUCACAUCUGUUCUUAGGAGUUCUUUUGUUUACUACCUCUGUUGGUAAUUGAGCUUACACCUAUGAAAGAGGACUUUUUGUAUGAUAUGAUUUUUAAGCUUUUAGAACACUAAAACUAUGAUAGAAAUCAGAGAGGGGUGGGGAAAAACUGUUUGGUUUCUUAAAAAACACAUGGGCACUGAGACCAAUCCUGAGCUGGCUUGACCCAGAACUCUACAGUCAUCAUUCUCCACCUUGACCCAGCUCUGGCUUCCUGUGCUCAGUAGCCUCACAAUGAUUUUUGAUAUUUCACUUUAAUUACUCAUUCCCUAUUAGUUCUCAGAAGGGCUUAAAGUGGCUUUUGUUUCAUGUUUCCUUUUUUCUAGAGUUGUUUGUCUAUCUCUGUUUCAUUUCUGGAGUUCUUACUUUGGGUGGAAAUCAUUAGUUAUUCCCAUGGACUUAAAAGUCCAUUUCCCAUUUUUUAAAAUGUCACUGGGUAGAUAAUGUAGAAGUACAGCAGAUAAAAUAGGUCUUUGUGGAUGGCACAGAGCAUGGAUUUUGUGUAGCAGCAUCCUUAAUAUCAGGAUGAGAACAGAGAGAUGGUUAAGGAGUCUGAAAACCUGCCAUGCCAUGUUUAUACUUCAGGCAGACCUUUAAAGCAACCAUAAUCUACCAUCUAAGGAGACCUACUUAACCCAGUAUGUUGAUUUUUUUUUAACUCAGCUCAAGUGGACAUGAAACUACAGAUGAAUUUUCAUUUAUGAUUGCAUUUCUAGCUAUUAUAAACUAAUAGCACUUGUUUAUAUUGUUCCAGCCUUGGGGAAGGAGAAAAGACAUAUAUACAUAUUGCUGCCUUUAAAUGGUUUGCUUUGUUGUUUAUUUAUUUGUUUAUUUAUUUUUUGAUUAUCCUAGUCACCUGCAAAUUUAUAAAUGAUUCUUACUCAAGAGUCGAAAAUGUUUUAAGACUGCAAAUUUGAUAAAUUCUGAACAACUAUACAAAUAUAAGGUAAUAUUACUACAAAUUUAAACUGUGAUUUUUUUUCCUUUUCUCUCCCCAACUCUUCUUUUUUUCCUAUAUUAUUAUUUUUAAUAUAAUUUUAUUGUUAUGACAUCCUGAAGAGUUAUCAUUUCGUAAGUCAGGUAAUGAGUGCAAUCCUUUUUGGACAUUGUCACCCUUUCCUUCUCUUUUCCCCAGUUUUCCCCUGACCAUCUUUGCCCACAAGUUGCAUAAUUCAUUUUCCACAGUGUCUGUUGAGUACCAUGCUUGCAUUUGUUCACUGCACUUGUUUUUAUAGACAUUGGUAAAUAACCUGUAUUCUGGAUUAUUUCUUUAGUGGAUAAUUUAUGAGCCACCCCAUCUCAAGCCCUUUAAUCAGAUCAUAAAGCAUUAACUCUGCUCUACCAGGUGUAUCUGGAAAGAAGUUUUAUUUAGGUAAUAGUCAACAUAUUUGAGCUUACUCAGAGAUAUGAGUUUCAAAACUUUUAUUCUAUAUCUGUAGGACAGAAGCAUAUAUACGAUGCUAGGGAAUAGUUAGUAUUAAGCUGGUAGACCUUGGUGGUGGUUAUCUUGUUUAAUAGAAUUUUGUAAGAGCUCAAUCAUAAAGUCACCGAGGCAAAAGAGGGUCCCUUGAAGAAGAAUCAUAGAACACAAAAUUUCUGGAAUUAAUGUUUAGAGCCUCACAUAAAGAUAAUUUCCCAAGGACAGCAAUAUGUUACUUUUUCUAUCUUCUAGACUACUCCAAAGACCCCAGGUUUUAGAAAACUAGCUGAUUUCCCAGUUAAGGGGGAUGAAGCCUUGGAACAUGGAAUGCAUGACUCUGAGUAGCCUCUGAUCUGAGGAGGGUUGGAACACAGCAGACUUGUCUAACUGCACUGUGAUUGUUUAGGUAUCAUUUUCUACAAGAGAAAGGCCAACUAUAAAUGGGCAAGGAAAGGGGCUUCUCUAUAAAGAUUUCUUUGCACUUUCAUAUGGGAUGUAGUUUAUCAGACAAUCACAUUUAAGAAGAAUUAUAUUCACUUAACCACUACUACUAGAUUUUUACAUAUAUAAGAAUAAUUGGAAUUUGGAACAGUUUUUUGUAUGCCAAUCCCGAGGCUUGAACUCAGGGCCUGGGCACAGUCCCUUAGUUUUUUUGCUCAUGGCUGGUGCUCUACCACUUGAACAUCUCUACUUACAGCUUUUUACAGAGUCUCACAUACUUUU